AGCAGCUGCAGAAGCGACUCGCCAAUAAUGGCAUCUUUGACUACCUGUCUUGGGGGCCAUUCUUCGUGGCGCCGGCCGGUACUGCUGCACCUCGUGGUGGCGGCGGCGGCGGCGGCGGCGGCGUUUCAGCCGGGGGUAAUCCAUGGGGCAGCCUCGGCUGAGGACCAGAAAAUCUCGGCGAUCUUCAUGUUCGGCGACUCCAUCGUCGAUCCCGGCAACAACAACAACCGGUUCACGGAGGCGAAGGCUAACUUCCCGCCAUACGGGCAGGACUUCCCCGGCGGCGUUGCCACGGGGAGAUUCUCCAAUGGGUUGGUACCCGGGGACCUCUUAGCUUCAAAGUUGGGUGUUAAGGAGCUACUGCCUCCUUUCCUUGGUGAUGAUCUUGAACUAAAAGACCUACUCACUGGUGUGGCAUUCGCAUGUGGAGGCAGUGGCUAUGAUCUACUCACAUCAAAACUCGCGACAACCUUGUCGAGUACCGAUCAACUUGACCUAUUUCGUGACUACAAGGAGAAGCUAAGAGCCUUGGUUGGAGAGGAGAAAAUGACACGUGUUAUUUCAGAGGCCGUCUACUUUACAGUAAUGGGGGCAAAUGACAUUCUAAAUAAUUAUUUCAUAGUUCCGUUGAGACGCCACGAAUAUGAUCUUCCAUCUUAUGUGGAUUUUCUUGUCUCUUCGGCAAUCAACUUCACCAAGACUCUGAAUGAUAUGGGAGCUAAGAGGAUUGGGUUUGUUGGUGUCCCACCAUUGGGAUGUUGUCCUUCACAAAUAACACUUGGAGGAAGCCCCUCACGUCAAUGCGAACCAUUAAGGAAUCGAGCAUCAAGAUUAUUUAAUUCUAGAAUUUCACAGGAAAUAGAGAUACUAAAUGCUGAACGAAGUGCUUCUGGAUCAAAAAUUGCUUAUUUUGAUAUAUACUACAACUUACUUGAUCUUAUUCAGAAUCCAGCUUUAUAUGGUUUCAAGGACGUGAGCGAAGGAUGCUGCGGUAGCACAGUGUUAAAUGCUGCCGUAUUCAUUGCAUAUCACAGUGCAUGUCCAAAUGUCAUUGAUUAUAUUUUCUGGGACGGCUUCCAUCCUACCGAGAAGGCCUAUAACAUUGUAGUGGAUAAGCUUAUUCAGCAAAAUAUGAAGUACCUAAUGUGAAGAAAUUGUUUGUUGUACGUACGCCCUGAAACGAUUUAAUUAAUAUCACAUUACCAUAUAGAACAAUCUGACCAUGAAUGUAACUUUUCAAUGCCAUUUGCCUAGUGGACAAAACAUAUUGGUCCAUUUGUUUUUUA